AUGGAAAACUAUACUCGUUGGAAAUGGCAUGGAGAAUGUUCUUAUGCUGUCAGACAUUGUUUGAGUGAGGGUUCUGAAUCAGUAGAGCAGAUUCCUGAUUUAGGAGGAAAUGAAGAUGUAGGUGUGCUCAGUGAUGAAGAUCACGAGAUUUCGCCAGACUCGAAUAAGUUUAUGCAGUUCGUAGAGGAUGGAGAUAAGCCUCUAUAUCCUAGUUGUACCAAGUCAACCAAGAUGAAUGGUUUUGUACCAGGGUCCGUCAAUUUGGCUAAGAAAACUCUUUUCGUAUUAGGGAUGAAGUACGAGAAGAUUGAUGCUUGUCCAAAUGACUGCAUCUUGUAUAGAGACCUGGAUGUUGAUGCUAAAAAAUGUCCAUCUUGUAAUGCAUCAAGGUGGAAACUAGCGAAGGACGGAUCUGAGAAAGUAGGGGUACCGGUGAAGACAUUGUGGUACUUUCCACCCAUCCCAAGGUUUAGAAGGAUGUUCCAAUCGACAAUUUUUGCUAAGGAACUUACUUGGAAUGCCAGGGGUAGAAAGAAAGAUGGAAUGAUGAGAUAUCCAGCGGAUUCUCUAACUUGGAAAAUGAUCACCUAUAACCUUCCUCCAUGGUUAUGCAUGAAGAGGAAGUACAUGAUGCUAACUUUGUUAAUUUCGGGACCUAAGCAGCCCGGAAAUGACAUUGAUGUCUAUUUGCAGCCUUUAGUGGAUGAUUUGAAAGUCUUGUGGGAUGGGAUUGAGCGAAUGUACGAUUCUGUAAGAGGAGAGUACUUUAAGCUGAAAGCGGUAUUCUUGUGGACUAUAAACAAUUUGCCCGCCUAUGAGAACUUAUCAAGGUGCGUUGUGAAAGGAUACAAUGCGUGUCCAAUCUGUGUUGAUCAGACCAAACUUUAUCGGUUGAAACACUCGAAGAAAUUGGUAUUUCUAAGGAAUCGAAGACAACUGCCACGACAUCAUCCUUACCAAAAGCAAGCUUCUGCUUUCAAUAGCACUAUAGAAAAAGAUGAUGCUCCUACACCAUUAACAGGAGAGGAGACAUUUGCAAGAGUUCAAGGUCUGCCUAAAGCAAGUGGGAACACUAAGGAUGGGGUUGCUGCUAGAUUGGAUAUGGAUGAUAUGGGGAUACACACUGAUUUGAAGCCUACAGUUGGUGUAAAAAGAGACAAGUUACCUUUGGCUAGUUGGAACUUAUGGAUGUACCCCUUUGAGAGGUACAUGAAAGUGUUCAAAGGAAUGGUGCACAAUCAAACAUUUCUUGAGGGUUGCAUCGCAGAGUGUUACAUUGUUGAAGAAGAAGUUGAAUUUUUAGAGGAACGUAUGCUUCCUGAAGAUGCUACCAUUGUUGGGAUCCCUAAAAGUAGCAGACCUAGAUUGUUAAAUGGCUGCAAGCGCUUAUCAGCCCUUAAAAUCGUCACAACUAAUGGCAAACUACCGGAUAUCCCUCAUCUAUGUAUAUUGCAGAACUAUGAAGAUGUGCAACCAUAUUUCAUGGAGCAUAUGGAGUUUUUAGAGUUAAGUUUCCCAUACAACAUAAAUAAUCCUAAGUGGAUGAAGGAUAAACAGAACCAGACAUUUCUUGAUUGGUGGCUGGCUGGUGGACCAAAUAAGGAGGUUCCUCCUUUCCACGGUUACCACGUGAAUGGGGUUGAUUUUAACACUAUGGAGCAGGACAGUAAGAGAUCAAUUCAAAACAGUGGCGUCUUUUUGGUUGCAGAUGCAAUGCAAGUUGCUAGUGCAAAGGAUAAAAGACCUACAAUUGUGGACAUGGACUUUUAUGGCCGGAUCCAACAGAUUUGGGAGGUGGACUACUACAAGUUUAGGAUAAAAGAUGAGACCGUCUACUUCAGCAACUGA